AUGCCUUACGGCCUGUCCUCAAGCCCAAGUGCAUUCCAGAAAAUACUCUCAAGCAUCCUACAAGGAUUGAAAGGAGCUCAAAACAUGAUGGAUGACAUCGUCGUUCAUGGAAAAGACCAGAUUGAGCAUGACCAAAGGCUGGAACGUGUACUGACUAAACUUUCCCAUUACAACGUCACUUUGAAUGCAGACAAGUGCAAAUUCUCAGCAGAUGAGGUGGAUUUCCUCAGCUUCAGGGUCUCCGCACAAGGGAUUCAGCCCACCACUUCAAACGUCCGAGCUAUUCUGGAUCUGAAGGAGCCUACAAACAGAACUGAGCUCGCCUCCUUCCUAGGAACAACAAAUUUCUACUUGAAGUGUGUUCAAAACUACGCAGACAAAACUGAACCUUUGCGUAAACUUCUCUCUAAGGACACAAGUGGCAGACCGCAGCAGAGUUCAUUCAAUCAGCUGAAAGCUGACAUUGCUUCCCCACCAGUACUUGCACACUUUGAUCCCGAUGCUGAGACUAUCGUCUCUACUGAUGCCUCUGGAAUCGCACUCGGGGCAGUGCUAUCACAAGUCAUCAGCGGAGAGGAGCGUCCAAUUGCUUUCUGGUCUCGUACAUUGACCGAGACACAACGAAAAUACUCGACUGGAGAACGUGAAGCACUAGGAUGGUCAGAUAGACUCCAUCAGUACAACUUUGAUGUACAGUACACAUCUGGAAAGAAUAAUACCGUCCCUGAUAUGCUCAGCAGAUUGGUAUUCAACAACUUGUCUCAAUGUGAGGAAGUGCUCUCAGCUGAGGCUGAAUUACAAGUCAUGUCUGAGUUGUGUGAAUCACUGGGAAAGUUCGUGACCCCAGAAGAAUUGAAACACACUUCCACAGAGGAUACACUCUUGACACAAGUUAGAGACUUUGUUACCAACGGCUGGCUAAAUAAGACACCAAAUGGUCUUGAAGUGUAUGAGAAGAUAAAAGAUGAAUUGUUCAUCUUCAAUUCUGCCUGUGUGGGAAGAGGAGAAAGGGCCAUUAUUCCUGAGAGUUUACAGCAGAGGGUACUUUACAUGGCUCAUAACGGUCAUCCUGGGAUAGUAAAGAUGAAACAGAAGUGCUGUGAAUCGGUAUGGUGGCCAGGGAUUGACCGCCAAAUCGAGAAGUUCGUGAAAGACUGUGAGGCCUGUGUUCUCAGUGAGAAAUCCAUGAAACCUGUUGCUGCUCCUGCACAAUUCAUUCCAUGGCCAGAGAAGCCAUGGCAGCAACUGCAGAUUGAUAUAUUUGGAGAAGUCCAAAUUGCUCCAAGGGACAAGAGAUUCCUUGUCGUCGUGCAUGAUAUGCAUUCAAAAUGGCCCGAGAUUGCAGCUACAGGAACAGUGACUUCGAAGACAAUCAUCGACGUUUUCACCAACCUUUUCACCAGAUGGGGCCUUCCAGACAUCAUCAUGUCUGAUAAUGGGCCACAGUUCUGCUCAUAUGAAUUCAAACAGGUCUGGAAAUACAACACCGGAAGACCUCUCGAUACAAUCCGCAGAGCAAUGGUGGUAUUGAACGCUUCAACAGAGUCAUCAAAGAAGGCCUGA